AUGACUCAAUCCCACAUUGCCAAAAAAUGGAGCAGAAAAGGGAAAGUUUUACGAGCAAUCAUUCACCGCAAACUGUUUUCUGCAGAUGAGAUUGACCAAAAUAAGGUUCACAACAAAGGCGAUCAUGAGUGCAUUGAAGAAGAUGAAGGAACGCAGUCGUUUGUGGUGGGGUUUCUGCCUUCACUGGUUAGGGUUCCAAGUAGAGGAUUGAAGGGGUUACAGAAGCUUGGUAGGGUGGUGUCAAUGCGUAAGGAUGAAGGACAAGAACGAGAAGAUGGAAGGGUGGAAUUGUGCAAGAUGAGGAUAAUAAUGGGGAAGAGAUGCAGACCGUUAAAUGUGUCGGGUGCUCUUCAUUACGAUGAAGAUGGUAUUUUGGUGCCAGAAGACUUCCUUUCUCCAUCUCAUUAA